AUGCCUCGUAUUUCCCUUCUUUCUUUCUUUCUUUUUUUUUCUUUCUUUCUUUUUUCAGACAGAAAACUACAUAUGUCCAGACUCCUUGUUUGUUUCAUUUUUUCUUUCCUUUUUUGUCUUUGUUUCUUUUUCUUUCCUUCUUUUUUUCCUUUAUUUUCUAAUAACAAAUUAAUUUUUACCAACUUCCUUGCUUGUUUUUCUUAUUUCUUUCUUUCUUUCUUUCUUUCUUUCUUUCUUUCUUUCUUUCUUUCUUUCUUUCUUUCUUUUCAAACAGCAAAUUAUAUUUUUACAAGUCUCUUUCUUUCUUUAUUUUUUUCCUUCUUUUCAAACAGCAAAUUAUAUUUUUACAAGUCUCUUUCUUUCCUUCUUUUUCUUUCUUUUCAAACAGCAAAUUAUAUUUUUUACAAGUCUUUUUCUUCCUUUCUUUCUUUUCAUCCUUCAUACUUUCCCUCUAUCUAUCUAUCUAUCUAUCUAUCUAUCUAUCUAUCUAUCUAUCUAUCUGUCUGUCUAACUGUCUAUCUAUCUAUCGAUCAAUCUAUCUAUGUUGCUAGGCAACCGUUCAAAGUCGUAACGAUUGACAAUCAAGUUCUAAAAGCAGCCAAGUCCAGACGCUAUCAGACUGAGUCAAAUGACAAAGAGCGUUCAAUGGCGGAAAGCUGGCUUUCCUUUUUCAGAUUCCAUCCAACCAAACUUCUCUUCCCCCUCCUUCCCCAUCCUACCCCACCCCAUCCACUAAUCUCCUUUCACCGCCACCCCCACCCUAGGUUACAUGGCCUAAUUUUACCUUUACAGCUUUUAUUUUCUUUCAUCACUGCCUUCGUUGUUUUUAUUUUCUUACUUUUUCGAUUCCACCAUCUUUUCUAA